UUGAACACAGGCGCAGGAAUUCAAGAAUUAAAAUAACACCUAACUGAUUUCUAUUGACCGUCAUCUCGGCAUUUAACGCUCAGCACAUCUUAAACUUUACCAGCCUAACGUCGAUGCUUUUUUUUUGGAGGUGACUAUUUGUUUUCUGAACAGAGAAAACAAUAAACGGCCUCACAUAUCUGAAUUAUUUUUCACCAAUGUGGGGUUUAACACUCGACUCUUCAAUAAUGAAACAGCUCCGCGGCCACCAGAUUUUCUUUCUCUUCCUUCUCUCCUCAGUUUUUGGAGUUCAUGAAUGCAUCACCAGAACGUAUUACAUCGGAAUCAACGAAGAAAUUUGGGACUAUGCUCCUAGCGGCAAAAAUCUAAUCUCUGGGAGAAAAAUAGGCGAAGACGAGCAUGCCUCAAUAUUUCUACAGCAAGGUCCACACAGUAUAGGAAGCAAGUACAAAAAAGCUGUGUAUCGAGAGUACACUGAUGGACACUUUACUACAGAAAUUCCCAAACCUGCAUGGCUCGGGUUUCUUGGUCCAAUUCUGAAAGCUGAGGUGGAGGAUGUCAUAGUUGUCCACUUGAAGAACUUUGCCUCAAGACCAUACUCCUUGCACCCACAUGGAGUUUUCUAUGAAAAAGACUCUGAAGGAGCUUUGUAUCCAGAUGGGACAUCUGGAAAACAGAAAAAAGAUGAUGGUGUUCCGCCUGGGGGAAGCUACACAUAUACCUGGAUUGUGAAGCCACAAUAUGCUCCCACUGAGGCUGAUGCCAACUGCCUGACCUGGAUCUACCAUUCCCACACGGAUUCUCCCAAGGACAUAGUUUCUGGACUGAUUGGGGCUCUCCUGACAUGUAAAAAAGGUACCUUGCUGCAGAAUUCUAAUGUUCGUAGGGAUGUGGAUCAGGACUUCAUUGCUAUGUUCAAUGUUGUGGAUGAGAAUCUCAGCUGGUAUCUGGAUGACAACAUUAACACCUACUGCACAGAGCCUUCCACUGUAGAUCCAGAGAAUGAGGAAUUCCAAGAAUCUAAUAAGAUGCACGUAAUCAAUGGGUAUCUGUUUGGGAACCUGCCUAGCUUUGAGAUGUGUGUGAACAGAACGGUGGCCUGGCACCUCUUUGGAAUGGGAAAUGAGGUAGACAUCCACUCGGCUUAUUUCCAUGGACACACAGUACUGGACAGGGGCCACAGAGCUGAUGUCAUCAGCCUGUUUCCAGCCACAUUUGUUACCUUGGAGAUGAUCCCCAGGAAUGUUGGGAAAUGGAUGUUAAGCUGCCAAGUGAAUGACCACAUUCAAGCUGGAAUGCAGGCUUUUUACGAAGUUUCUUCAUGCGGACAAGGUAGCUCUAAAUCUCCCCCUAGUGGUAAAACAAGGAAAUACUACAUUGCGGCUGAGGAACAGCUCUGGAACUACGCUCCUUCGGGCUAUAACGUUUUUGAUGGUGUGGCUCUGAACGCUAGUGGGAGCGACUCAGAAACAUUCUUCGGUACGAGCCAAGGGAGGCUAGGGGGGCAGUAUCUGAAGGUUCGAUAUGUGGAGUACACUGAUGAGACCUUCACUACAAAGAAAAAGCCGUCCGGUAGUGAGACACACCUUGGAAUUCUGGGCCCGGUGAUAAAAGCAGAAGUUGAUGAUACAAUAUUGGUGACAUUCAUGAAUAAUGCAAGCAGAAACUACAGCAUUCAACCCCAUGGAGUACUUUAUAGUAAGGAAAAUGAAGGUGCAAUUUAUAAUGACGGCAUUCAGAAACCUGGAUCACAAGUUCAGCCCCAUGAAGUUUUCACGUACAGGUGGGCAGUGACUGAAGGCCCAUCCUCAAGUGAUCCCGCCUGUAUCUCUUACCUCUACUAUUCCUCUAGCUCCCCGGUGCAUGACACUAACUCAGGGCUCAUGGGGCCCCUGUUAGUGUGCAGAAAGAACACCCUGAAUGAGAAGGGCCUGCAGCAAGAGUUUUUCCUGCUCUUCACGGUGUUUGAUGAGAAUCUCAGCUGGUAUCUAGAAAACAAUAUCCAGAGGUUUGGAACACAGUUCACAGACAAAGAGGAUAAAGACUUUCAAGAAUCCAAUAAAAUGCAUGCUGUCAAUGGUUACAUGUAUGGGAAUUUGCCUGGCUUGGAGAUGUGUGAGGGGGACAAGGUGUCUUGGCACAUGCUGGGCCUGGGGACCGAAGUGGAUGUACACGGCGUCUAUUUCCAAGGAAACACGUUUGUGAGACAAGGGACAAACCGAGACACACUCAGCCUAUUCCCGCACACAGCUGUCACAGUAACCAUGGAGACUAACACCAAUGGUACUUUUGAGGUUAACUGCAGAACAACAGACCAUUACAUGGCUGGAAUGAGGCAGCUGUACUCUGUGAAGAAGUGUGAAGACAGAAAUUCCCCAGAUCCACUUCCUGUCACCACAAGAGCAGUAUACUUCAUUGCAGCUGAGGAAGUAGAGUGGGAUUAUUCACCUGACAGGUCCUGGGAACUGGAGAAGCACAAUGCCUCCAAGAAUGAAAGUUACGGGAAUAUAUUUGUAGGCCAAGGGGAGGACCGGAUAGGAUCCAAGUAUAAGAAGGUUGUGUACAGGGAGUACACUGAUAUUACAUUCACUCAACAGAAGAAGAGACCACCACAAGAACAGCAUCUGGAGAUACUGGGUCCAGUAAUAAGAGCUGAGGUUGGAGAGGAGGUUGUGGUUCAUUUCAAGAACAAGGCCAGUCGUCCCUUUUCCAUUCAUGCUCACGGAGUGCAGCAGGUGGCUCCUGUAGUGCCUGUUGCUGAACCGGGUAAAUUGGUGGGAUACCAGUGGGAAGUUCUGGAAAGAUCAGGUCCUGGGACUUCUGACCCAAACUGCAUAUCCUAUGCGUAUUAUUCUUCAGUGGAUUAUUUAAAGGACAUUUACAGUGGAUUAAUAGGACCCCUGAUUAUCUGCCGAAAAGGAAUUCUCAACAAGAUGAGAAAAAGAACAGAUGUGGACAGGGAAUUUGCUCUUCUUUUCAUGGUGUUUGAUGAAAAUAAUUCCGGGUAUCUGGACGAUAACAUCAGAACGUACCUGCACAAAGAGCCAGAAGACAUUGAAAGAAAUGAAGAUUUUCUGAAAAGCAAUAAAAUGCACGCGAUCAAUGGAAAACUCUAUGGCAAUCUUCACGGCCUGACAAUGACAGAAGGUGAGAAGACUGACUGGUAUCUUCUGGGAAUGGGAAAUGAGGUGGACAUCCACACAGUCCAUUUCCACGCGCAAAGCUUUAUAUACAAGACUGAAAGGUCCCAUAGGGGUGAUGUGUAUGACCUGUUUCCUGGGACCUUUCAGACGGUAGAGUUGCUGGCAGACAAUCCAGGAACCUGGCUUCUGCACUGCCAUGUGAUUAAUCAUAUUCAUGCUGGCAUGGAGACAACAUUUACUAUCUUUAGUAGAAAAGGUGAUUUCACAACCCCCGAAGAGACCAUGAACACCAUUCCAAAUGCUGCCCAUUCAUUGAAAAUCACCUUUUGUGGCAAAGAGCUGGAGGACACAGAAGGAAAUGUCAGAAUGAUGACACUCUUUGGCCUUGGAUUACUGCAUUCUGUACUUUUUUAAAGAUGAACAACUUAUUUUCCAAUCCAACCCUGACAGAUAAUGCACUCUUAUGACAACAUAAUCGAAGCAUUUGUGGUAAGAGCUUGUGGUAAAAGUUUAGAAAUCUCUUGUGACAGCUUUUUCUUUCUGUUAAAAAAUUCACUCCUUUUAACAGUGCUGUCAGUCAUAAUUUGCACAAAAGGGUUUUUCAAUUAUGGGUUUUUUUAAUUUUGUUUUAAAUUUUACAUACAUACACAUAUGGCUUUAGUGUACCUAGAAAGGUGUACAGAAUUAGGAAUUUCCUGAUUUAGAUUAUAUCAAGGCAAUCAGUUAAACACUGCAAAGCGUAUAGCAAAGAAAAUGAUUGUGUGUUUGAUUAGAUGCUCAAUGCAAUAUGCAAGUCGAUACCAAAAUAUGUUAAAAACAAUGAGUGUGCCAGUCAUAUCAUUAUUAACUGUCAUUGGAAACGUGCAUCACUGGUUAUUAAGUGGCAGUAUAAUUUUUAAAAACAGGAGACAUUUAAAGAAACAGAAUAACUAAAAAACCAACACAGUAGAAUGCGGACAAAUAUUGUUCAUUUUUCGAUUUUCAACAGUCUGCAAAGGGAAUCUUGGUUUUGUACUGUUGCAGUUUAGAAAGAAAACAAGCAAAACAGUUAACAAUUUCAGCAUACAAAUACUGUUGUUAGAUAUAAUGAAGGAAAGCAUUUUUCGCUGUCAUGGUAGAAUUGCACUGUUUAACAAAAGACAUGGAUAAAGACUUGAAGAAUACAAAAGCACAUCAUAAUCUAUGUACUGCACUUUGAUAAUGACAAAAGGGCAAGGUUUAUGUUUACUGGAGUUUACUUUUAGUUACUGUAAAUAAAAGAGUUCAAAUCUCA